GCCAGCUGAAGCUGUCCAUCGAGGUGCGGGGCCGGAUCCUGGUGCUGCAUGUCAUGGAAGCAAAAGGUCUGAUGGGGAAGGAGUGCCGGACAUGCAACUCCUACGUGAAGAUGUCGAUCGUGCCAGAUGCUGACUGGAAAUGCAGGCAAAAGACGAAGACUGUGCCGGACAGCAAAAACCCUGUCUUCCACGAGCACUUCCUCUUCCCCGUGCAAGAGGAGGAUGAGCAGAAACGUCUCUUGGUCACAGUCUGGAACCGAGAGAGAACUUCCAGACAGAGCAAACUGAUCGGCUGCAUGAGCUUCGGCGUGAAGUCCCUCCUCACCCUGGACAAGGAGAUCAGCGGCUGGUACUACCUCCUUGGGGAGGACCUGGGAAGGACCAAGCACCUGAAGGUGGCCAUGCGGCGGCUGAAGCAGAGCAGAGAGCCGCUGCCGGCGCAGCCAGGGGCCGGGGAGGGUGACUCCGGUGUCUCUCUUCAGAUCACCAUCCCGCGAGGAACCGAUGGGUUUGGUUUCACCAUCUGCUGCGACUCCCCCGUCCGCGUGCAGGCAGUGGACUCUGGUGGCCCAGCAGAAAAGGCUGGUCUGCAGCAGCUCGACACGGUGCUGCAGCUGAACGAGCAGCCGGUGGAGCACUGGAAAUGCGUGGAGCUGGCUCACGAAAUCCGGAACUGUCCCACUGAGAUCAUUCUGCUGGUCUGGAGGCUUGUCCCGCAAGUGAAGUCAGGACCCGAGGGCAUGAUCCGCAGAUCAUCCUGCAAGUCUGCCUAUGACCUCCAGUCACCACCCAACAAGCGGGAGAAGAACAGCACCAUGCCUCCGCGGCCCGAGCAGCGCCGGAGCUGCCAUAUACUGUAUGAUGGGAGCGACGGGCUGGUGCUGAACGGCUGGGAGAGGUACACGGAGAUCGGCAAGCGGAGCCAGAACACCAUGCCACCCCUGUCGCAGGUCCCCUCCGCUGCAGACCAGAACUACAUCAUCUUAGCGCCUUUGAACCCGGGGAGCCAGCUGCUGAGGCCUGUCUACCAAGAGAACAACACUACUGCGGGAAAUGCGUGUAAAGGGAAAGCACACACAGGGUCUGGGAGAAAAUCCAGGCUGAUGAAGACUGUGCAGACGAUGAAGAGCUACGGGAACUACCAGAACUGCACCAUAGUGAGGCCACACAUCCCGCACUCCAGCUACGGCACGUACGUGACACUGGCUCCCAAGGUGCUGGUGUUCCCCAUCUUCGUGCAG